AUGCCGGAAGUGAACCCUGCUCGACUGAUGGUGGUCUAUCCACCGUGCGACGUGGAUGCGAUUAGUGCCGGUGGCAUACCAGUCAGUCGUAAGAAGCGCCCGUAUAAUAAACAGUACACAUUCCUGUCGAUGAAUCGCUUCUGGCCUGAGAAACGGCUGGAUAUCAUCGUGGAAGCGGCCGGCAAGUAUUUCAUUUUUCUUUUCAUCGGGUCUUUUCAGUAG